AUAUAUAAGCAAAAACUGAUGGAGUUGUCUUCUUCAUAAUUUCAUCACCGGUCCAAAUCGUCAAACUCUCUCUGUGUCUUCUAAACUAAAAUCCUCUUUCUUCUCUCUUAGAUCUAAAACAAUGCCCAAACUCUCCAUUCUCAUUUACCUUACUUUAGCUUUUCUCUUCCUUCUCCUUAUCUCUCGCAACCCUUCCAAGCCCUCUAACCAACGUCACCGCCGUCUCAAGCUCCGUUCUACUUUCAACUUCUCCGACCACUACCACCACCACCACGACCCUAUCGUUUUCGACCCUCUCGUCGCUGACAUCGAGCGCCGCCGCGAGGACGAGCAAUGGGAGAAGCACUACUUUGACCAAGUACAUCCUGAAAUCGCUACCCAUGCUGACCACCAUGACUCCGCUCCUGCUCAUGAGGCCCAGCCUGAUUGGGAGGAUUUCAUGGAUGCCGAGGAUUACUUGAACGACGAAGAGAAAUUCAAUGUCACCAAUAGGUUAUUAUUGCUUUUUCCGAAGAUUGACGUGGACCCAGUUGAUGGUUAUGUGAGCGACCUUGAAUUGACUGAGUGGAACUUGAAUCAAGCAGAGAGAGAAGUCAUGCAUAGGACUCAAAGAGAGUUGGAUGUUCAUGAUAAAAAUCAUGAUGGAUUCAUUUCUUUUGCUGAGUAUGAGCCUCCUAGUUGGGUUCAGAAUUCAGAUAAAAAUUCUUUUGGUUAUGAUAUGGGCUGGUGGAGAGAAGAACAUUUCAAUGCAUCAGAUGCAGAUGGAGAUGGUCUUUUGAAUAUGACAGAGUUCAAUGAGUUUCUGCAUCCAGCUGACAGCAAAAACCCAAAGCUGCUUCAAUGGUUGUGCAGGGAGGAAGUAAGGGAAAGAGAUUCUGACAAAGAUGGGAAGGUUAAUUUUAAAGAAUUCUUCCAUGGACUAUUUGACUUGGUGAGAAAUUAUGAUGAAGAAAGUCAUAAUUCCUCACAUCUCUCUGAUGAUUCAAUGGAGGCCCCAGCUAAGAUGUUAUUUGCUCAGCUAGACAAAGAUGGUGACGGAUAUUUGUCUGACACUGAGUUGCUGCCUAUUAUUGGAAAGCUUCAUCCAUCAGAGCGUUACUAUGCAAAACAACAAGCAGAUUACAUCAUAUCACAGGUAUGCAAAUUUGCAUGUUAUUAAGUAUGGAAGCUGUCAUUGAACAUUGUGUGAAGCACAUGGCAGGCUGAUACAGAUAAAGAUGGGCGGCUAUCCUUGAUGGAGAUGAUUGAGAACCCAUAUGUAUUUUACAGUGCUGUUUUCAAUGAUGAAGAAGACGAGGAUUAUGAUUUCCAUGAUGAAUUCCGUUAAUUUCAACAGUAGGCUACCAAGAAAAGAAAAACAGAGGUAGAUUUCAAAUUCUUAUUUAGCAGGAGUUUUGUGCAUUAUAGAGUUAGUAAUUAUAAAAAGGUUACAAACUUAAAAGGAGAUCAAGCUCUAAAAAAUGGUAAAUCUGAUUAUGGUGCUCUGACCAAACCUGCAUUGCAAAUACCCCCAACAGAUGGUAGCUGGAAUAUCAACCAUGGCAAAACGUUUUUGUUAAAAUUAAGUUGGAUGUCUAAUUUGGUUUUUAGAUGCUUAAUUUGUUGAUGCGUUGGAAUAUCCAAUGAUACAUUUUUUUAAAACUUGUACCACUGUACUAAAGAAUGAUAUCAGGUUCAACUGAAGUAGUAAUUGGGACCAAAACCUUGUGAUUAUAUCCUCAAGGGAUUAUUGAAGUUUUGAGCGUUUCUAUUCAA